GACACCUUGAAGGGCUGAGUAUAAGGACAUGUACAGAGUGUCUUUUUAAAUAGUCACCAGAGCUGGGGGGGGGAGGGGAACAGGAACAGGCUUGUAACCAUAACUCAGUUGGACUUGUUUCUGAGAAGUCAGAUGCCAUGGAUUGGCUCCCUCACCGAACGGCUGCUUUUCUGUUCCUUUUGUUGGUACUCUUGGAUUUCAGCACAGGAUUUCAUGUAGAGGUAAAAGAAUGGGAUGAAAAUGGAAUGGCAAGAUGGAAAACCUUUAGAAGACAAAAACGUGAGUGGAUCAAAUUUGCUGCAGCUUGUAGAGAAGGAGAAGAUAAUUCCAAGAGGAAUCCAAUUGCCAGAAUCCGAUCUGAUUGUGAAGAAGACAAUCCAAUCACAUACAGCAUCUCUGGAGUUGGAAUUGAUCGUGCACCCUAUGGAAUAUUUGUUGUUAACCCAAGAACAGGAGAAAUUAAUAUAACAUCAAUAGUGGAUAGGGAAAUAACACCAGUAUUUGUUAUACGUUGUUUUGCUAAACACUCAGUGACUGGUAUAGAUCUGGAACCACCUCUUGAACUUCGAGUCAGAGUCCUGGAUAUAAAUGAUAACCCUCCUGUAUUUGCACAAACUGUAUUUACAGGAUCUGUUGAAGAGAGCAGCAUGGACAACACACUGGUGAUGAAAAUCAUUGCAACUGAUGCAGAUGAACCUAACCACUUGAAUUCUAAAAUUGCCUUCAAAAUAGAGAGUCAGGAACCUUCUGGUCCACCUAUGUUCAUUAUGAAUAAAUACACAGGAGAACUCCAUCUUGCAAAUUAUCUUGACAGAGAGCAACAUAGUAGCUACACUCUGGUUGUGAAGGCAUCAGACCGGGAUGGGGCUGCAGAUGGAAUAUCAUCCCUUUGUAGAUGUAAUGUGAAAGUUAUCGAUGUUAAUGACAACUUUCCAACUCUUGCCCAAAGCUCUUUUUCAGCAAGUAUUUCAGAAAAUUCACUCAGUUCAGAACUGCUACGAAUACAAGCUCUGGAUGCUGAUGAAGAGUUUACAGACAAUUGGUUAGCAGAGUUUUUCUUUAUAUCCGGUAAUGAAGAUAACUGUUUUGAAAUUGUUACAGAUCGAGCUACAAAUCAAGGAAUCCUUAGAGUAAUUAAGGAGCUGGAUUUUGAACAUAUACGAACUCACUCACUGAUGAUUGGCGUCCGGAAUGUAGCUGCAUUCCACCACUCUGUUGCACAUGAGUACCAAAUAUUUGGGACACCCCUCACAGUAGAAGUAAAAAAUUUGAUUGAACCACCAAGAUUUCAUCCAUCUUCAGUUGUGUUUUCCCUGGCAGAAGGCGCAAGAGUGAAUUAUGUUGUAGGAACAUACACAGCCAUGGAUGAGGACACUAGAACCAUUGCAACAAAUGUUGUAUACAGUAUAGGACGUGAUCCAGCUGCCUGGUUCAGAAUCAAUCAAAACACCGGUGAAAUCACACUGAACAAAGUAAUUAACCGGGAUUCAGUCUAUGUAGUCAAUGGGCAGUACCAAGCAGAGGUUCUGGCUAUCACCAGAGGGGUUCCUCGAUAUACUGCCACUGGCACCAUUGUGCUUUCAAUAGAUGGCAUCAAUGCCAAUUGCCCAACUAUUAAUACUGAAAUGAGGAAAGUAUGUAUGAAUUCUCCAUCGGUGAUUAUCUCAGCAAAGCAUAGGGAUGGUGAUCUCUAUGCUACCCCCUUCACAUUCAGCAUACAUGGUGAACCUCAGACUACAUGGAUUAUCAGACGAAUAAAUGAUUCUUCUGCAGAACUAGUGGGCCAGAACAUAGACUUUUACCUUUAUAGGAUCUAUGUGGUUGUAAGAGAUAGCCAAGGCCGGCGCUGUGCUCGACCACACAUAAUUCCUGUGCAAGCUUGCCAGUGUGAUAGUCGGAACUACUGCACCAGUGGGGCCACAAGAAUAAUUAUCAUUGGUGGUGGUGGUGGCUCUGGAGGUGGCGCUGGUGGUGGUGGCGCUGGUGGUGGUGGCGGCACUUCUGGUGGUGGUGGCGGUGGCACCGGUGGAGGAGGACGGGAAGAUGGAGGAGGACAACAAGGUGGUGGUGAUUAUGGUGGUGGUGAUUAUGGCCAGACUAGACCUGGAGAAGACUUUCAGGAUCACACAGACUGGCAGGGUUACACUGAUGGCUACGAUGGACGUGAAGAUGGAUAUACUGCCUCCACUGAUGACAGUUACGGUGGAAAUGAUAAUUAUGGCAGGCAAUUAGACUCAAAUACCACACUUAGCGGUGCUGCCAUUGGCCUGAUGUUCCUCGGUGGAUUAAUAUUUGUUUUGAUUCCAAUUUUGAUGUCAAUGAGCGACUGUUGUGGCUGUGGACCUGGUGCUGCAGGUGGAGUUGGAACUGGAUUUGAACCGGUACCUGAAUGUACAGAAGGGGCAAUUCAUCCAUGGGGAAUAGAAGGUGCCCAGCCUGAAGACAGGGAUGUCUCACACAUUCUUGCCCCAACAACUGCUGCAGGAGGUGAUUUUGGUGAACCUUCUGACAUAUAUAAUAACACAUAUGGAGGAGGAGGAGUAGUAGCCUCUGGUGUUGAAGAAACUACCGGUGUUGGCUAUGGCACUGGUACUGGCUAUGGAACAGCUGGAGGAAUUUCUGGAACAGGGGAAGCAAAAGGGUCAAUUGGAGGAACAAUCAAAGAGUAUCGAGAAGGAGGAGUGAACAUGGCCUUCCUAGACAACUAUUUCUCUGAGAAAGCAUUUGUGUAUGCAGACGAAGAUGAAGGUCGGCCGGCAAAUGACUGUCUAUUAAUUUAUGAUCAUGAAGGAGUCGGUACUCCUGUUGGCUCCGUGGGUUGCUGCAGCUUUAUUGGAGAAGAUACAGAUGAAACAUACUUGGAUACAUUAGGACCAAAAUUUAAGACCCUAGCAGAGAUCUGUCUGGGCAAAGAGAUCGAACCUUUCCCUGAUGCUAACCCACCCUGGCCAGGCGUCAACAUUCCCUUCCCCAGUCCUGAAAGUGAUCUAAACCUCCCGCCACCUGGCACCACCAUCGUUGUCAAUGGAAGUGCACCUAUGCCUGCCGCCGCUGGCACCACAACGGUUGUUACUGAAAACACCUACACAUCUGGGACAACCAUACAGCCCCCGAGACCAAUGCCAGAUCCCUUGCUCCACGGCAACAUGACGGUGACCGAGACCUACACCUCCAGCGCGCCUUCUCUUUGCGUUGACCCUCUGCGUGCAUCCAACGUCGUUGUGACAGAGAGGGUUGUCGGGCCUGCGUCUGCCUCUGAUUUGCGCGGCAUGCUAGAUAUCCCUGAUCUCACAGAGGGCUCCAACGUUAUCGUCACGGAAAGAGUAAUUGCGCCUAACUCCCGACUCCCGGCAUCUCUGAGCAUUCCUGAUUUGGUAGAUGGGUCAAAUGUGGUAGUGACAGAAAGGGUGUUCAGGCCUGCCUCCGGCAUGCCGGGCAGCCUAAUAAAUAUUCCUUCAGAGUUAUCCAACACCCACAACGUGGUGGUCACAGAGAGAGUAGUGUCAGGGGCUGGGAUGAGCAGCCUGGGAGCAACAAGCCUGGGAGGAGCAAACAUGGGGAGCCUGAGCAGCACAGGUCAGAUGCUCAGUGCCGAAUGUCAUCUUGGUCAGGGAAUGGGCACGGCCUCUCCUGGCACCUCCCGGAGACGAAUGACAAAGUACAGCACCAUGCAGUACUCCAGUCAGUAAAGCCUCCUCUGGCACCCCUUCCUGCUGAAAUUGCCAUUUGCACUGACACUCAUUAGCUGCCACACAUCAAGAAUAUUGUUAUUAUUUAUAACUAAGAAAAUAGCGCUAAAAUUUCAGGGAUUCCUCCUUGUGUGAGGAUCUCUGACAGGUGCCCCAUUUUGAGGUCAAAUGCACUUUGUCAGUGAAGGGAAAAUAGCAUUAGCUUUAAAUUUUUUUCUUUCUCCCUACCUAGCACUACAACUGCAUAAAGAGACUAGUAUUUUUGGAGAGAUAUCUGAUUACCAAGGAGAGCAGUGACAGGGGAGCCUUGCAUGCACACAGUAUGAAUUAAUGUCAUAGAAAAGCAUGUUAAAAUCACCAAUCACAGCUGAGUGAUCUCUCACAAUAAGCAGAUUUGGGUUAACAGGCCCUCACUGACAAGAGAGGAAAAGAAUGUAGUUAAAAAUUAGUCAACUCAAGACUAAAUAAGCACUUUCAAAUGCAUCAUUUUACUUCACAUGUAAUUCAAGAAGCGCUACAAAAUGGCACUUUCAACUAUUUCUCCCAUCACCAACAAUAGUUAUAAAUAAUAAUUAUAUAAACAUAAUACACUUUUAUUGCUUUCUGAAGUUCUCAUUAAACAAACGCCCUGACACAGCCUGACAUGCUGUUCCUGUCAUGGUGAGAACAAUUUGUCACAGCUGGUGCUGCCACAUUGACACUAUCACCCAAGAAGAUGUUGGCUUCAUCCUUUCUCCAUUGCCAUUACAGCUUUGCUUAAAUCUAAAAGGACUUCAGUGACAACCAGGAACUCUUAGUCAGAUUUUUGUGCCAAACUAUGACUACCAUUUAAAUUGCCAGUGUCAUGUUAUAUUAAGAGGUCUGUAACAUACUAUGCCAAUUCUUAUCUCACAUACUGACAAGAAAAGAAAGUAUUUGAAGCUUUGUGAUAUGAGGAGUCAAUAGCAAGUAUUGUAUUACUGACACUGGCAGCUGAAGUCUUCCUGAAAAGAAAAAAAACCACUUGGAAGCAAUAUAAAUUUGCUAAUAAGCAAUGUGGAGAAUUUUUAUUUCACAUGUCAAUGUAUUUUGCAUUGAUAUUUUGAAAGUUUAUUUGAAUGUAUUAAUUGCAAAAGCCUUUAUGAGUUUAUAAACUUAAUUAAAUCUGGCUUUUAUUUUCCCACAAAAACAGCUCUGCUGGACUCUGUUAUUCUAAUAAUACCUUAACAUGUAUUAGAAUAUGAUCUGAAGGACCAAAAUACUGAAAUAUAUCUUUUAUCUCAUUUUAUUUCUGUAUCAUAUGUAUAGUAACCAUAGUACACCCAACAUUGCUUCAGUGUAAAUAAAAUAGAGUUAUAGGGAGGGACUAGCUUUUUUUGCUAGACCGCCAAAUCAGUAGUUUUCCUGCAAAUUUUGCUUCUUUGGCUUUGACAGAUAAGUUAGUGAAAAGUUUAAGAGUUGUCUGUGAACCUCCCACUCUAUAAAAUGGAAAAGAAACUCAAUUGUGUAUCCAGACUAACUUACCUCAGAAGGCAUGGAUGACCAGUUUCUGAGUCUGAUACCAAGAAAAGGUUUCUUAAAAGAUGUUUUUGGAAAUGCAGCUAGACCUGCUGUCAACAACAGCCUGCAGUGCCCCCUGUGUAAAUGCCACUGCCAACAUCAGUAAUCCCUAGAGUCACGACAAAUCCAAGGCUACCUCCAGGAAAGGUCCCUUCCAUAGCUUCAGGUUAUUUUCUACAGCAACUGAUGCUCUCCCCAUAAAAUCUGAUGUAUUGCUGGUUUUGCUUCUAUCGGUAGCC